AUGGCUAAUCGCAAGAGAAUGCUGGAAAGGUUUCCAUUUGGGGAAUGGUCUCGUCAAGUGAAGAGCAAACGAGAGAUUCUUGUGCAAUCAAACCAGUCUAUUCAAAAUAUUCAAAGUGAAAUUGAUAAUGUCGGUCAUACCUAUGAAAAGCUGAAAGACGACAAGGCUAUACUGGAAAGCAAAGUUAGUGAGUUGAAAAGAAAGGUAAUUUAUAAAAUAUGGCUUUAAAAUUAGGAGUUCAUGUUGAUUAAUUAAUGCAUUGGUAUUUUUGUGUGCUUUGCUCAUGUAUACUUGAAAUAUAGAAUUUCAGCAUAUUAUUUUAAGUAACUCUGACUCUAGGAUGAGAACUCGGGACUGCAUACAGCCAUGCACAGUGUGGUUAGUGAAUAGGAUGCAGAGGGUCAAAUAUUAGUUAACGAGCAAAAUUACCUGGUGUUAAACUGGGUAAAAUAAAUAGGUAAGAGGCACUGGGGCACAUUGCGUCUUAAUGGGUUAAAUAUGAAGCGAUUUUGUCUCCUGCUUACCAGAACACAUGUAUAAUUUAUUUCAAUUUGCAGCGAGGUUUGCUUGAGAAUGAGAAAGUACACAUGCCAAAAUGAAGGAGUGCAGAUGCAAUCCCAACCAAACUAGAUGAGAACAACAGCGAUAAAGUAAUUGGCAUCUCCCAUAAUCUUGCACGCAAGCGAAGGAAACUGACAUACGCUGCAGUGCAAAAUAUCCAUGCAACUGCAAAGGAUACUAAUGAAGAAGCAAAAACAGCAACUAAAUGUGGACUAUGGCACACUCUAGUUACAAGUGUUCCUAGCAAAGACAUUACUGAAUUGUGUAAAAAGUCUAGCACAUUUGGUAAGAAUGUAAUACCAACAAUAGUUAAGUCGGCAGUUACGAGCUUCGAAAAGUCUCCAAAAAAUUUAAUCAAUUGGGAUAAUUGAUAUAAUUCAUAUAAUGAAUUUAGUUUGCUUGUUGGCACAUUUAAAGAGGCUUUUCCUUCUAACAAGUUGCAGUUUAGGUCACCUAAGAUGUACAGUUCUUUAUUUUCAUCAUCAAUUUGUUUAAUAAAUUUUUCCAAAUGGUCAAAAAAUUCUGUUGAUGCAUUUGGUGGUCGGUAAAUUGUAGAGACAAGAAAUGGUUUACUUUGUGGUUUAGUUAUUUCCAAGCAAACAGCCUCCAAUUCAGGGGGGAUGAGAUCUGAUCUGAUUUUAUAAUUGAUGGAAUUACGCAAGUAUAUACAAACUCCACCUCCAUUUCGGGAUCUAUCUUUUCUAACAACUUCAUAACCAUUUAAAUGAAUGAGACCGUCAGAAAUACUCUGGUCUAGUCGUGUCUCAUUAAAUGCAAUUAAAUCAAUGUUUUUACUACCCAUUGAAUGACGAAUCUCAUCUAUUUUACUGGGUAAAGUGACAAUUUUAAUAAGGCCAUCUUAAAACCUCUUUCAUUGGGAAUGCAGUUAAAAGUUGAUGAAAAACUGCUACUCACAUUUUUGUUUGAAGGAUUGGUAGACUCUAAAUUUCUUAUUUAUCAGAUGACUGUCUAAUAUUUGAGUCUCUGACUUACAUAUUGUAGAUAUGUUAUCCAGUCUCUCUUGCGACGACUGUAGUGAAGUUUGUGAAAAAAAACAUCUGAAGUAUUAACUGACCCAUUGUCAGUUCCCACUUGAUUUGACUUUAGAUAACUACAGAAUACACGUCCUAAUGCCCUAUCACCAUUUUGGUUUAGGUGUAGGUUUGAACGAUUCAGUAGGGAUUUAUCUAUAUGAUCGUUAUUUAGGUAUGUUAUAUUAUGUUGGGAGCAUAAAUCAGUCCGUAAAUUGUUAAAAAGGGUUAUGCUACUUGGUGCAACAUGGCCAUCAUACCUUCUUAUCACACUUGACACUGCUACAUUUCUUGCCUUGUUUUUGCUUCUGUAAUGAGGACAUCCAUCUUUGUCGCAACCAUUUCAGCAUCUUCAUGGACAAGAUCAUUUGUGCCCACAUGAUGGAUAAUUGUCUCAAAUUGAUCUUUCUCCAAGCUAUUUUUUAUCUUGUUCUUGAUCUCAUCUACUUUUGCCCCACUGUAUGAGUUGACAACUGAUUGGCCACCUGCAGUUCUCUGUAUCUUUUGUUGAUUGAUAUGUUUGACCAUCAAGUCACCAAUUACCAGAGAUAUUUUCAUUCCUUUGUCAGGCUUUGCUUUAUUGGGUUCAUGUUUUUUGGAUGCUGGCUUUGCUGUGAUAUUGGAUUUGUUGACUUUUGAUUGUUCUGGACCCUUUGCUCUCUUUUUUUGGACACAGUUAAACUUAGACUGUUCCUUUGAGCGAUAUUCAAGGAUUUGGUCGUGGAGGCUUGUUGACUGGAGGUUUGUUGACUCUGACGCUGACGAAUCAUUUUCAUUUUCGAGGAUUUCAAAUUGAUUAUCCACUUGAAUAUUUGUAUCACUAGUUGGUCGGUUUUCUUUCGUAGACUUUGAUUUUCUUUCUUGGUUGACCCACUCUGUUUGCUUCAUAUCUAGAAUUUUUUAUAGUGUUGUUUUUGUGUGUCAGUUCUGUCAUUGUUGCUACGAGUGAUUCAAUCUCCAUCGCCAUUUUGUUUUUGUCAUCAGCUAAUGAUUGAAUUUUCAUAUCUGAUUCUACCAUUCGCAUUUUGGUGUUUUGGCAUUCUUCUUUGUAUUUAUUUUUAAGCUCAGAUAUCAUGUCCAUUAUCUUUGAGAUUUCAUCAGAGUAGGACUUACAGUUCUGACAUUCUGACGGUUUUCAUUCAGUCUCGCCGAUGCCAUCUUGGACCAUGUGCUUGUUUGGUGUUUGCUCAUUUUCAUGAUUUGCGCUGGCUAUAUGGCUCGCAUAGCUCUUUAAUGUUUCCAACAGUUGAUUUUCAUCAUUAUCUUGUAAGACAAUUAUUUUUUUGUCAGUUGAUCCAAGCCAUUUUAAGCAGAAUUUAGGAUUGCUGAAAUGUAUUGAUUUGCCACGAAGUGUCGAACAUCGUCCUUUCAGCUGUAAAUUUAUUUCUAUAAAUUGUUUCAAUGAUUGUAAAUCACCUUCCCACAGUAAAUCGUUGGCUUGUAGACAUAAUAAGUUAGAUUUUAUGAUAAAUAGCACUGUUUAUUUUUUGGGGUUUUGAAGAAGAUGCAGAGCACGCACGUGUUUUUAUGAACAUCCGCCAUAAAUGCAAUAAAGCUUGGAUUUGUUCAUUUAUAAGUGCCCUUCUUAUUUAUCUGAGUCAGUUUACUUAUGAUCGAUGUAGCCACCAAUACGAGCAAGUGGGCCAUGUUCUGCUGAAUUUACAGUCGAUUUCAGUCACUUUUCAAAGCACAAUUCCCACGUUUGUUUUUAAUAUUCCUAAUUACCUUACCACAUUUGGAAUAUUGCGUGAGAACUUGCAAAGCCAAAUUUGCAUGUUGGUGAAUUAAGUACUGAAGUACCCAACUAAAGUACGGAAGUACUGAACAAAAGUACUGAAGUACUGAACUAAGUACUGAAUUGAAAUACCAAAGUACCGAGUUGCAUAAGCAGAUAUAUGGGUGACGAAUUAGACGAGUUCCUUCUAAGUUUUAGGGAUAAAAUAGGAUCCAAAAGUUACCAAAAGAUAGCCACGAUUCUUCGAGAAAAUGAUUUUAUGUCUACAUUAGCAUUAAAAUUGUUAGAUAGCGAAAAUCUUGAAGAAAUACUUAAAGGAUCGGAGUUGCCACUUGGGGCAAGGAAAAUAUUGGACUACCAUCUUGACUUGAUAAAAAAAAAUCUCCGUUGAAUAGAAAGGCUUCUAAAUCAAUCUGCAAUAAAAACGUAACCUCACCAGACGAGGCAUGUAGUGACAAUAAGACUACCCAUGGCGUUGCUACUGAAACCUUGAAGCAGAAUUCCACUGUGGUAUGUACAAAUAUAAAUAUGGUUAUAUGGUUUAUGCUGCAAUAAAAUUAUAUAAUGUAAAACAUUUCAGUUUGAUAUUAUACUAACACCGCAUUUGCCGUUACCUAGAGUAAGAUUACGGAAUAUCCAACGACAGCAAAGCGGCCAUUGCAAAAUCGUCAAAGAAAUGUCGAAGAGCAAAUUCGUGCAAAUCGACAAGAGUUGCAGGUGAUGCAAGUCCUUUUGGAAUCAAUGAACAUAAACGUAACGGAAUUACCUGAGAUUGGAAGGUAUAAAGUCGUCUGUGGUAAUUGUCAUCACCGAUGACACAGAAAUCAACAAACUAAACCAUGUAUCAUGGAAAGAUGCUCGUCAUUUACGUACUGCGGCAUUAAGGAUAAACAUCCGGAAUAUACUUCUAAAAUGAAUCGAAUGAAGUGCGCCAUAAAAAAAAGAGCGACGCUAUUAAACAACUUGAAGAAGAAUUGGAAGGCAUUAAUAAUUUCCAAAGCCAGAGUGAGCACCAGUUUAUACAAGCUUUUACCCCAAGAAUGAUGAAAGUUAAUCCUGAAUAUAAAACGAACCAACCAAAACUUCUUCAUGAUAUUAGAAUAUUGCAUAAGUUUUUUGGUGGUAAAAUUCCCGAAGAAACUACAAAUGAUCCCGAACAGCUUAGAAUUACAAUUGCCAAGUGUAAACAUACGUUACAAGAUAAAGUUGGCGAUGUAGGAGUACUCGGCAUCGUAGCACACGAACGAAGACAACAAAGUCAAUCAAGCGGACACACAGCGAAAUUCAAUGUGAACAUGAAUUUGUCGCCUGUCAAAAACAACGGUAAAGUCUUGACACAAAAACAAAAUAUGAACACAGAUUUCAUCGAAACAAAAACCAUGAAUAAUGAACAAAAUACGAGGCAAAAGCAUUCCCGAGCUAAUAAAGGGAAGAAAAAGCGUAAACGUAAACAUUGGAAUUAA